UGCGUUGAAGGUAAUGUAAUUUGAAUAUUUUGUUUUUGGAAAACAUUUUAAACCUAAAUCAUAUGAUUCUUUGUUAAAACAGCCGAUUAUUGUGCCGAAAUCCCAACCCCUCCUGAUGAAAUGGAAGUUACCUCAUCCAUUUUUGCAACAUCUCGCAUUGAAAAUGACGUGCUCUGGGAAGCAUGGGCCUCAUCCUACCUCAACGGUACUGUCAACUAUAUCUUUGACUCAAGCUUGAAGACUGUCUUUAGCACGAAGGCCGAAACAAACCCUUGGGUUCAAAUUGACCUACAAAGGACGAUAAAAAUCUUAGAUAUCUUGGUCAUGUUAGACGUGGCUUUGCCGGGAGUCAGUAGUCAAACUAUUAAAAUCAAAGUCAGCAGCAAACCAACUCCGAUUGAUGACCAAUCGGUUUGUGGAUCUGGAUUGGUCGACGGCCCCGUGAUCGUGAUUCAAUGUCUUAAUCCUAUCAUUGGUCGUUACAUAACCAUUCUCUUGGAGACGGAAACUCCAACCAGCUUACCCGUUGAGAACGUGGUUUUAACUGCCCAAGGGAUUUAUACCCAUCCAAGUAAGUUGAAUUGA